AAAUGUUGUAAAAAUGCCCCUGAUUGUGCCUUUACGCAGGCUAGCAAAGGCAAUUGCGCAAGAGGAAAGAAGUAUAAUUUGUACUUCAAAAUUUCAUAUCGAAUGGCGACAUUACUGGGGAAGUUUUAUUUUAAUACUUGGCGAGUUUUACCAUUUAAACACCAAUAUCGUUUGGGAUUAUAUAAGAAAGAGGUUGAAUGUUUGCUUUUGAAAAGCCAGAAAGCAUUCUAUGCCAAUGUUAUUGCCCGAAAUGAAGAAGAAAGACGGAUAGCUGAAAAGAUUAAAUCAAAUCUCAAUGCUUCAAAAAUUGAAGUAGAAGACAUAUCAGGUGGCUGUGGUUCCAUGUACAGAAUAUUAGUGGAGUCGUCAGAAUUUGAGGGAAAGCGCACCAUACAACAACACAGAAUUAUAAAUGAUAUAUUGAAAGAUGAUGUAAAAGACAUGCACGGACUGACAUUGCAAACAUCUUCUACGAAAUAGCUCGCCGCAUACUGUUGGCUGCUAGAGAAUAAGUCUCAAGGUCAUGCUUAGCUCGCUUAGCGCUUAUGGUUUCACACUCGAAAUUUCGUAUGAAUUGUACUUAUUUGCAUAAAGCAAAAUACGAAAGCCGCUGUUUUUAGAAUCCCCAAAAUGAAGUUAACUAAGCGCGCAAAGCAUGACUUUAAGACUCAUAAUUUUGUACUUGAACAGUAAAAAGGGUUUGCCCUGAAGGCUCUCCGAAACUCUCAGAUAUUCUUUGGCUGCGCGAGUCAGAAAUAAGAAGAAGGAGAGCGAUGCGUCGAGGCUCAAACGAAUGCUCGAAAAAGCUCUGAAGGUCCUAGUACAUCUCACUUGACACGCCAUUGUCAUGUCAUGCUUCAUGUGUUAAUAACUAAAUGUAUCUUUUUUCACAAAAUAUUGAUGAAAUGUUUUCCAAAGAUUGAUAUUUAUUUAGAAAAUGUUUGCCACCCUUUUUACUCUCACUAAUUAGUAAUACCAAAUUUUACCAAUCACAAGUCACGAUAUAAACUAAAAGCUCCAUAA